GGUUAUGUGUGUGUUUACCUUUGGAUGUUUUUGAAGAGGAAAGUCAAGUUUAUCCAUAAAAAUUGUAUUUUGUUUCGUUACAAUUUCGGCUUUUUGUAGUUCGCCUUGAGGUGCUCCCUCAGUCUUUCCUCUCACAAGUUUUGCAAGCUGAGAGUGAAAAGUGUAAAAAAAAAUUUCGCUUGUUUCAUUCUCUCUAAUAUGUCCUCUUAGUGACUUAUGAGUGAUAACAUAUUUCACUCAAAAUUUUCCAGCCCUUUGAGACUUAAAUUAUGAGCUCAGUCGUCCAAGUUUCGUACUAGUUGAAAUAAAAGGCCUUUGUUACCUGUGUGAAUAUGCUUAAGAGAUCACAAUUUCUUGUGCAUCUCGUAGCAAAUGUUGCCAAAAAGCAGAAAAGCGAUGUGUUCCUGUCCCCUGUUUGUGCAGCUAUUCCAAUAUCUAACCAGCCAGUGCAACUCAGACUAUUUUGGCGCACCCUUGCCUCAUUGAAAGAUACCCCAGACUCAAAUGAAUUAGACAAAAUAUCCAAAAAAAAUGAAAAGAAGAAGAAUGAUCAACAAUCUAAAAUAUCAAAAGCUAAAGGAGGUGAAAAUGUGGCAGCAGUUGUUACAACAGGAGAAAAUGAUGAACCAAAAAAGCCAAUGACUGAAAAGUUGGAGCGAAUAGUUGAACUUGCUGCAGCCCCAACAAAAAAACCAAGAAUACGUGUAGACUUAAGUGCCAGCUCAUUGGAGAGAAAUUUUAUCACUCCAGCUCGAGCUAUUUCAGACUUUUUGCUGAAACCAGAGGAACUUCAAGGAUUACGAGCAACCAAAAGAAGAUCCCCCUAUGAAAAUGAGCCACCCAUUCCUGUCUUUUGGCGGAAAGAUGUAGAAGCCAUAGCUAUGAAAAAAUGGGGAUCCAAGGAGAAUCUUCUGAAAGAAAUCUUAAAAAAAGAAUUAGAACAAAAGUAUUAUCAUCAAAGUCUCCCAGGUAUGUUUACUCUAAAAAGGAAACUGCGUACCUUCAGACGGACUUCGCCCCAAGAAGAGGCCAUGCGUGAGACCUCAGGGCUCAUGAGCAGCUCUGGCAAAGUAGUGAUAACAGCAGUUGCUAUAAAUGGAAGCAACUUCCUCUUCAAAAUGGUUGCCUGGCUUUACACUGGUUCUCACAGCAUGUUUGCCGAAUGCAUACAUUCUUUUGCUGAUACUGCCAAUCAAUUAAUUUUAGCUUAUGGUAUCCACAAGUCAGUGCAGAGAGCAGACUCGGAUCAUCCUUACGGUUACACAAACAUGAAGUAUGUUGCCUCACUGAUUUCUGGUGUAGCUAUUUUUUGUGUAGGAACUGGUCUUUCAAUUUACCAUGGUAUCACUGGCCUUAUUACCCCGACACCAAUGGAGUCUUUCUAUUGGGCUUUUUACAUUCUAGGCGGGUCUUUGGUCUCUGAAGGUGCCACGCUACUUGUUGCUGUCAAUUCAAUUAGAAAAGGAGCUGCUGCUUCAAAUUUGACCUUCAAAGAGUAUAUCUAUAGAGGAAAUGAUCCCAGUGUGAUAGUCGUAUUUUUAGAAGAUUUAGCCGCUGUUGCGAGUGUAAUGGUCACCGGUGUUUGCAUGGGACUGACCUCAUACUACCAUACACAUAUUCCAGAUGCUAUUGGUUCUCUUCUAGUGGGCUCCUUGUUAGGAACUGUUGCCUCUUUCAUUAUUUAUACGAAUGUAGCUGCUCUUGUGGGGAGGUCAAUUCCUCAAGAAUAUUUAGAUAAAAUCAAUGCAGAGUUAGAAGCAGAUGUUAUGAUACGAGCUAUUCAUGAUGUGAAAGGAAUUGACAUGGGGAACUCUCUUAUUCGUUACAAGGCAGAGAUGGAUUUCGAUGGAAGGGAGCUAGCUCGAAGUUACCUGGAUAAACAAGAUCUCAAUUCCAUGCUAGAGGAAGUACAAAAAAUGCAAACUGCAGAAGAGUUGGAAACGUUUCUCCUAAACCAUAGUGAAAAUAUUGUUGAUAUGCUUGGAGGAGAGAUAGAUCGAAUUGAAUUGAAAUUAAGGAAGAAAUUCCCAGAAAUUCGCCACUGUGAUCUAGAAUUAUUGUAAAUUUGUCUUGCUGUGAUCAAGAAAUGAAAAAUCAGAACAAUCACCUUCUCGGAAUGAAGUCUAAUGGCAUUAUAAUGGACUGUGACUAGAAUCUACAGUCUUAUCUAUCCUGUGUUAUAGCUUCCCUUCUUGCUUCUUAAUUGCAGUGUUUGUUUCAUAAUGUUUAAACGGAGAUUUUUCAUUUCUGCGGAGUAUUGUGUGAGGUAAUUUUAACGGGAUGUUUAAUUGUGAUCGAAUCUUUUUUCUUCAAUUUGAAGUGAUUUUGAAUCUUUAUUUUCAAAUUGUCCAUUACUGUCACUUUAUCUACUUUAAAAAGAUGUUUAAUUUUGCGACUUAAUUUACUCGGAAAACCGACUGAAUAUUAUUCCCCACCCUGGCCACACUACUUAGAUUUGAGACAAUUAAGCCAUUAUUAGAGCCGAUUAAUUUAUCAUAAAAAAAAAUCCAAUGGUUAAGUUGAGUGACUUUUACUUAUUAUGAUGUAGGAGAAUGAAUUAGGAGAAAAAAGGUUAUAUGAAGGCAACCCAUCGACAUUUUUCAGUUUCUUGAUCGAGUUGGACUGUUGCUGAUAGAGUCAUUAAUAGAAGUAGAGUGCGUUCAGUAAAAAGGAAUUAAGUGAAGGCAACCCAUCGACAUUUUUCAGUUUCUUGAUCGAGUUGGACUGUUGCUGAUAGAGUCAUUAAUAGAAGUAGAGUGCGUUCAGUAAAAAGGAAUUAAGUGAAAAGUGAAGCCCCUCUCUUGAAGUAUCCUAUUCCGUCCAAUAUACACACCAUGUGCUUGGAAAUCAAGAAUAGUUUUUGAAUACCGGUGAGUCUUUAACCUGGAAAUCAUAUGGUUUCUUUCAAACAUAAGUACCGCUAAGUCUAUUACUGUCUGUAAAAUGUCUGCUAUUGGUUGCAUUUGGGUUCUCUCAAUUGGUCUCUUAUUCCAGUAAUGUGGAAAAUCCACUUAAACUAAAUUAUUGCUUCUCAAAACAAUGAAGUUAUCAUGUUUUGCUGAAGUUUUAAAAAGAGGCUGAAUCUAAAGCCCAAUUUAGACGGUCAAACUUUUUGUCCAAUUUUUCUUCCACUUUUGGCCCAUGAAAAGUUGGAUUGUGUGAUAUUGACAUGGGAACACAGCAAUUGGAUGAAAGUUCAAAGGAAACUUGAAUCUGAUGUCAUAUUCAACUUUACAACUUUAGCAGUGCUAAUUGAAUGGAAUAUUCAAUGAAACAUUAACCAAAGCUGUAAUUAAGUUGACGACAAUUAUCCGAAUGCCUAUGUUUAGUGUCAUCACAAUAUCACACUACAACGGUAAUUGAAUAAAAUUGUUUUGCAUCUAACCUUCCAUUCAACUUUUUGUCCGUCUGCUCUCCAGAUGAAAAGUUUAAGUGUCUGAACUGGGCCUAGCGGUUUUAAUUGCCUAUCUAUGAGGAGGAGUAUUAUCUUUGUGAAAGGAAGUGAGAGGUAGCAUUUUGUCAAUUUGCAUGCUCUCUCUAUUUCUCUUAUCUUCCGAGUUCAUUUCAAAUUUUCUUCAGUCUCUGAUCUCUAUUUCAUUAAACUCAUUUCAGUGUGAUUCUCUGAAUUUUAUUUCUUUUAUUUCCUUUUGAGGGUUUAUUCAUUUUGCUUUCAUGUAUGAUAGAACUAAGUCACAUAUGUAUUCUUUUACUGUCUAAUAGGUUAUUGAUCAUAUUUUAUAUAAAUGAUUUGUUAUACAUAAAGAAAUACUCUCAUGAA